AUGAAGCAAUGCGAUCAAAAACUGCUCAUUCGAAUGAAAACUAAAUGUGUACCUUGCUCUUUAAACCUCGAAACCCUGUGCCCUGCUGGUUACACCAAAAUAACCAAUGGGACUGGGAUACCAGACUGCAGGUAUUAUUUAGAAAUUAAAACACACACACUUUCUUUCCCGGGAUGUCGGCAUCAUUGUAUGAAGGAAUUUGAACAACCUGAGUGCUGCCAGGGACGCUGGGGCACAGACUGCAUAGCAUGUCCAGGAGGAGCUGCAUCACCAUGCAACAGGAGAGGACGCUGCUCCCAGGGUAUAAAUGGGGAUGGAACGUGCACUUGUCAGGAAGGAUUUGGUGGGACAGCCUGUGAAAAAUGUGCUGAAGAUAAUUUAUUUGGCCCUCACUGCACGUCAGUUUGCAACUGCGUUCACGGAGUAUGCAACAGUGGAAUUACAGGGGAUGGAAGAUGCACUUGCUUGUCUGGAUACAAAGGGCUCCACUGUGAUCAGCCAAUAGAAGAAUGUGAGGCCUUGCAGUGCCCUGCAAACUCCAGAUGCACUGCCUCGAGUGAGGAUGGAAUACAACUGCAAUGCACGUGUCUUCCCAACUACCACGGGGAUGGUACACAAUGUGAACCUAUCAACCCAUGCUCCAAAAAGGUCUGUGAUCCUAAUGCUGACUGCAUUUACCUCGGACCAAAUCAACACAAAUGUACCUGCCAAGAAGGUUACAGAGGGGAUGGUCAAGUCUGCUUACCCAUAGACCCUUGCCAAGCAACAUAUGGGAAUUGCCCUGCACAGUCCACCAUUUGCAUAUAUGAUGGUCCAGGAAAGUCCCACUGCGAGUGCAAGGAGCAUUACACAGACUUUGUACCUGGGAAAGGAUGUAGCAUGACAGACAUCUGUGAAACAAACAACACCUGCCAUAAAAAAGCUAAAUGCUCGAUGGCUGCACCAGGACAGAUUUCGUGUACAUGCCAGGGGGGCUCCGUGGGGAACGGGUUUGUGUGCUAUGGAAACAUCAUGGAGCGCCUCCGAGACCUGAACGCUGAAGUAGGAGGACGGUGGCAAGGCAAGCUGACAUCCGCCUUAUUGCUCAUGGAAAAUGUCUAUGAAUGGCCGCUGAGUACUCUGGGACCAUUUACUGUGCUUGUACCGACAAACAAGGGGCUCAAAGGUACAAAUAUAAAGGAUCUUCUGAAUAAUAGACAGAAAGCACAGUACUUCGUGAAACUCCAUGUAGUCGCUGGUCAGUUGAAUACCAGUAGCUUGAAUAAUACUAAUGUAAUAUACACUUUGACUGGCAAGUCAGGGGAGAUAACAAAGGGAGAAAAGGAUAAUCAACUGAGAAUUAGAAUCCAAGGAGGAAGAAGGAAAGGAAAACUUUUGCAAGGAAAUGUUAUCACUUCCAAUGGGAUUUUGCACAUUAUUGACAAAGCAAUGGACAACGUGGAACCAACAUUUGAAAGCAGCAAAGAGGAAACCAUAAUGUCAGUUCUUCAAGAUAAUGACAGAUACAGCCAAUUUACAUCUUUGAUAGAGAAAACUGGCCUAGGAAUGGAUUUACAGCAGGACAACAGACCUUACACAGUCUUUGUUCCAAGUAAUGAGGCUUUGAGUAAUAUGAAAGCUGAGGCUCUGGAUUACCUGCUUUCUGCAGAGGGUUCAUGGAAGUUGCUGGAGCUGGUCCGAUACCACAUUGUCUCCAAUACUGAGCUAGAGAUUGCCAGCCUCGUCUCAAUAGAGCACAUCAGAAGCAUGGCGAAGCAGUUCAUUUACUUUAACAGAACCAGCACUGGACAAGUCUUGGUGAGUGGAGAAGAAAUGGAAGAAACAGAUAUUGUUGCAAAAAAUGGUCGGAUUUAUACCCUUGCAGGAGUCCUUAUCCCCCCCACAAUUGUUCCAAUUCUACCACAUCGGUGUGAUGAGACAAGAAGUCAAGUCACAACGGAAGCAAAGUGUUGCAAAGGCUUCUUUGGCCCUGACUGCAGUCCAUGUCCAGGAGGUUUCUCCAAACCCUGCUCAGGAAACGGGCAGUGCAUAGAUGGCCUAGAUGGAAAUGGGACCUGCAUUUGUGCUGAGGCAUUUCAAGGCUUGAGCUGUCAGUUCUGCUCAGACCCGGGCAAAUAUGGACCUCACUGUGACAAAGAGUGUCUCUGCAUUCAUGGGAAGUGUGAUAACCGAAUAGACAGCGAUGGGAUCUGUCUUCCUGGAUCAUGCAGAAGUGGAUACAUUGGGAAACUCUGUGAUAAGCAGAUUGUUCCCUGUGAGCCCUCCCUACAGCUCUGCCAUGAACAUGCAGACUGCCAGCUUAGUGAUGGUACAGUGAGCUGUGUUUGCAAACCUGGCUAUGAGGGAGAUGGCAUGAGCUGCAGCAAAGUUGAUCCUUGUGCUGCUUUAAACCCAGGUGGCUGCAAUAUCAAUGCCGAGUGCCUUCAGAUGGGCCCAGGAGAGCACACAUGCAUUUGCCAGGAAGGAUGGACAGGUGAUGGAAGGCACUGCUCAGCCAUCAACAACUGCCUGCUGCCCACCACAGCCGGGUGCCAUGAAAACGCCACCUGCAUAUACAUUGGGCCGGGUCAGAAUGACUGCAAAUGUAAGGAUGGAUUUUGGGGGAAUGGAAUUGAAUGCACACCCAUAAACUCAUGCCUGGAACAAAAUGGAAAAUGCCAUCAUCUGGCAACUUGUCAGCUUGGGUCUUCUCAUGGCUGGGAGUGUGUGUGUCCAAAGGGCUACGAAGGAGACGGUAAAAUAUGCUAUGGAAAUGCUGCAGAUGAGUUAUCUACUCUAUCAGAAGCAGCUGCAUUUAACCAAUGGGUUAAUGAGGCUGAGAUAAACUCAGUGUUGUCCACCACCUCAAACCUAACUGUCCUCGUGCCUUCUCUCCAAGCAAUUGAAAACAUGGAUGAAGAUGAGAAAGUCUUUUGGAUGUCAAAGAAUAACAUCCCAACUCUACUGAAGUAUCAUGUAUUGACAGGAGCUUACAGCUUUGCUGAUUUCCAGAAUUUAUCAUCCUCUGAAAUGCUGCCAACAUCUCUACAGAGCAACUUCCUACACUUGUCUAAAGAAAAUGGGAAUCUCACCCUUGAGGGCGCUCACAUUGUGGCUGGUGACAUCGCAUCCACAAACGGGAUCAUACACGUUAUUGAUAAGGUUCUGACCCCACUCCGCAGCACUGUCAUGCCAAGGCUGCUGGCCCGUCUGGAGCAAAUGCCCGACUACUCCAUUUUCAGGGGCUACAUUAUUCAAUACAGCCUGGCAGAUGAAAUAGAAGCUGCAAACACAUACACAGUCUUUGCCCCAAAUAAUGAUGCCAUAGAAAAUUACCUAAGGGAUAAAAAAUCUGCUACUCUGGAUGAGGCCCAAAUCCGCUAUCACAUUGUGCUGGAUGAGAAGCUCCUGAGGAACAACCUGCACAAUGGCAUGCACAGAGAGACCAUGCUGGGGUUCUCCUACCAGGUUGGGUUCUUCCUCCACAAUGACCAGCUAUUCAUAAAUGAUGCACCUAUAAACUAUGCAAAUGUUGCAACAGAUAAAGGAAUUAUUCAUGGAUUGGGAAAAGUCCUGGAAAUCCAGAAGAACAGAUGUGAUAUUAACGAUACUGUGAUCACUGUAAGUGGUUCUUGCAGAAUUUGUUCACAGCCGUCAAGUUGUCCCCCAGGAACAAAAGAAAUAGCAGGGGAGAAGAAAUACUGCGUCCUCUCAGAAAACAACAUGAGACUGUACACCAUCCAGAUCGGGUGCCAGCCAAAGUGUGCCAAAACUGUCAUUACCAGGGAGUGCUGCGCAGGUUUCUUCGGGCAGCAGUGCCAGCCCUGCCCAGGGAAAGCAGGGAAUGCCUGCUUUGGAAAUGGUGUCUGCCUGGAUGGCAUCAACGGCACAGGCGCCUGCGAGUGUGAAGAGGGGUUCGUUGGUACAGCCUGCGAAAGCUGCGUCGAAGGCAAAUAUGGGCGCAACUGUGAUCAAG